AUGAGUCUGAUCAGAGCAUCCAUUGCGCUGGUGGUUCCGUCGGCGGCAGCUGCUGUGUUGUUCCCAGAAUCACCGAUUUAUGUGGCUGCUGCAACGGUGGCACUGUUUAUCUUUGCCAAGAGUUGCUCUCGCCCCUUGUUCAACGAGGAGGAACACUGUGGCGAAGACAACACCCUGACGACGGAGGCACUUUUGCCCUAUUCUUGUUCAUCACCACCCAAGGAUCAACAGUUGACUCUCACUACCAGUCUCCCUGCUCCUGAAAAGAUCGUUUUUAUUCAAGUUUUUGGUGGAAUCAAAUUGGAGCAACUUGCUACUAGCAUUGCUCAUACAAUCGGACUUCGCCGUAUUCCCAGGGCUAUUAGUAGCAUCCAUGAUCCACUCUGGGCUGUCCCUACCACUCAAGCCUCCCAAGCUGCAUUGGAGUUGUGCCAAAAGACAGCUGAACCUUAUGAUCGAGAUGGUCUUGACUUUGAGUUGUUGGGUGCUCAAGCGGCACAGGACUUUUGUAUCCAACAAGGCAUGGGUGAACACAAGGCAAAUGUCGUUCAUGAGAUGCUUGCUCUCCACACAUCUCCACAUAUACUAAGUCAACCACAGUACGCACCUGAACUAAAGCUGAUCCAUCAGGGUGCUGGAAUUGAUGUGGCAGGGCUCUACUGUGAGGAAAUCUCCAACGUGACAAAAAUGACGGUUGUCCACGAAUAUCCUCGCCUGAAUUUCAAAAGGUGCUGCUGUGCCUUGAUGGCGGAUCAUGCACGGCGAAAACCAAACACUCUCUUGGCCGUUAACUGCCACAUGGGAUUUCUUACGGCCAUCAAAAUGGGCCCAUUUCAAGAGUAG